AAAGCCAUGCAUCUGAAAAGCAUUGGACACUCCACAUUCAGACGGCAUGCUAGAAGUUACUUGGAGCCUGCCGUGAUCCACAAAUGGCAUGCGUUCCAGGAAUCUGAAUUUGAGCACCUGAGGCAGAGACCAGUCAAAAUUGGUGGUGACAUGAGGGCAGACUCACCAGGCCACUCAGCAAAAUACGGUAGCUACAGUCUGAUGAACCUGGAAAACAACAACAUCAUUGACAUUCAACUUGUGCAGAGCAAUGAGGUUGGCGGGAGUCACAAUAUGGAAAAAGAGGGGCUAAAAAGAAGUCUCGAGCUUCUUGAAUCCAAAGGUGUGGCUAUUGAGUACAUCGUCACAGAUCGGCAUCCUCAAAUACAAAAAUUUCUUAGAGAGCGCAGCACACAGCACUUCUAUGACGUCUGGCACUUUGAAAAGGGUCUGUCUAAGAAACUGGACAAAAUUUCCAAAGACAAGGACUGUGCAGUUGUGAAGAAGUGGCAGCGUGGCAUCAGAAACCAUGUUUAUUGGUGUGCAACCUCAUCAUCCACAGGGACAGAGAAGGUUGCAAAAUGGACAUCGGUUGUGAACCACAUCCAAAACAAACACACCCACGACAAUCCUGCUUUUCCAAAGUGUCUGCAUCCAGUUCGCCAGACAACAGAUCAUAAGAAAUGGUUUCAACCAGGUUCCAAAGCCCUCUUCAAAGUUGAGAAGCUGUUGUCAAAUAAGAGGGUCCUUACUGAUGUGGAGAAGUUGAGCUCCAAGUACCAGACCUCAACACUGGAGGCCUUCCACAAUAUUGUUAUACGCUUCACUCCAAAAAAUGUUGUAUUUCCAUACAUUGGCAUGUUGUGCAGGUUGUACCUGGCAGCCAUGCAUUUUAACGAAAAUGCAGGGCGUACCCAGGCCAGAACAACAUCAGGGAAACUAAGAUACAAGGUGCUAUUUCCUAAGGCCAAAAAGGGAGCACACACCGUGAAGGCAAUGAAAACACAGGCCACAUACUGUUACAUCUUCAACAUGAUGGCAUUUCUUUUCGAGGACAUAGUGCCCAACAACCAGCCAUAUGUGGAGGAGUUGCAGAAAGUUCCAGUCCCUGAUACUCUGGCAUCACAAUAUGAGCAUCCUCCUCUUGAAGAAGCCAUUGCUGCCUACGUAUCUCGGUUCAGACAAGGGGAGGUCUAAAUCCAACAUACUGGCCUGCAGCAUCUGGGAACUCCCUACGGAUACGCUGGACCACACAGGACGGA